UUUAAAGUAAAAUAUCCCCAAGUAAAUAAAUAGUACCAACUAUUUCCAUACAUUUUUCUACUCGAAUGCUUUCUCGUCUCAGCAGGACUCCUCCUCCACCACUCGCCAUGGCGGCGCGUGCUCUUCCACGCUCUUUCUAUCCUACCGCCGCGUCCGCCAUGAUUGUCUCCACGAACUCGCAUUUCAUUCUCCCUCCGUCACCUACGGUGGCUCAUAUUUCCUUCGGCAAAUCUUUGUCAAUUAUUGGUCGGAAGUUUCAUUAUGGAUUGAAUUGCAAAGAGGACAGGAGAUGGAGUGUUGCAGGAUGGAGUGGCAAAGUGUUUGCUUCUCAGAGAGAGUAUAGGAAGUCUCGGAGAAGGCCGUUGAAGAAGAAAGAGAAAGAGUUGGAACUUAGUGUAAACAUUUGCAUUGAAGAGCAAUUGCCCGAUGAUCCUGAAAUUGUGGAUAUUUCUGAAAUGCUUCGUCUUAAUGUUCCAAUGGCUAUGAAAUUUGCAUUUGAUAAUUUGAAAGAUUCAGACUAUCAAACGAGGGAUAGAGCAAUUAAUGACGUUGGUUGCUUUGAAAGUGUUGAAUUGUCAGUCUUGCUUUGCAACGAUGAGUUCAUCUGCGAACUUAAUAAGGACUGGAGAGAUGUGGAUAGCCCUACUGAUGUCCUUUCAAUGUCACAACAUAUACCUGAACUUGAGCUGCCAAUUUUAAUGCUGGGAGACAUUGUGAUUUCGGUGGAGACAGCAGCAAGGCAAGCAGAGGAAAGGGGACAUAGUUUACUGGACGAGAUACGCAUCUUACUGGUUCAUGGUUUGCUACAUCUUUUGGGGUUCGAUCAUGAGAUUAGUGAUGAAGCUGAAGCUGAAAUGGAGAAAGAAGAGGAGCUCCUUUUAAAAAGUCUUGGGUGGAAGGGAAAAGGAUUAAUUCAGAGCGCAUAUGAUGCUGAGGCUGCUGGAAGUUCUCCUUUGGAGAACAUUGACAGGAAGAAAGAAGGGAGUCUACGAUUUUACAGACCAAAGUUUAGCUACAUCUUCUGUGAUAUGGAUGGUACCCUCCUGAACAGCAAAAGUCAGAUUAGUUCAGUAACUGCUGAAGCUCUUAGAGAGGCCACUUCUAGGGGUGUAAAAGUGGUCAUAGCUACUGGAAAAACUCGUUCUGCUGCCAUUACUGUGCUCAAGAGUGUAGGUUUAGCUGGAAAAGACGGCAUUGUUUCAGAGGUUUCUCCAGGAGUAUUUGUGCAGGGGUUGCUCGUUUAUGGCAGACAAGGCAGGGAAAUUUCUCGAACAAACUUGGAUCCAAUUGUGUGUAGAGAGGCAUGUCUCUACUCUCUUGAGCAUAAGGUUCCCCUUGCUGCAUUUAGUGAGGACCGGAUCUUAACAUUGUUUCAUCACCCUCUUGUGGAUUCACUUCAUACCAUAUAUAAUGAGCCAAAGGCCGAGAUUAUUCCUUCAGUUGAGCAACUAUUGACUGGGACAGACAUACAGAAGGUAAUCUUCUUUGAUACUGUGGAGGGAGUGAGUUCUACAUUGAGACCAUACUGGACGGAGGCUAUUGGAGAUAAUGCCUCUGUUGUCCAAGCUCAACCAGACAUACUUGAAAUUGUUCCUCCUGGAACUUCUAAGGGCAGUGGAGUAAAGAUACUUCUUGAUCAUUUGGGUGUUAGUCCAAAGGAGAUAAUGGCCAUUGGUGAUGGAGAGAAUGAUGUGGAGAUGCUUGAGUUGGCUUCCCUUGGUGUUGCUCUCAGCAAUGGAUCAGAGAAGGCAAAAGCUGUUGCAGAUGUGAUUGGUGCCAGCAACGAUGAUAAUGGAGCAGCUGAUGCAAUCUACCGUUAUGCUUUUUGAGGUUAUCUUCAGGAACGCAAGAAUUGGAAAACGGGAAUUGGAGAGGGCUAUGCAUGCUUUCAUAAAGUACUAAAGGUUUAGUUUUCUAACUUAUUCAAUUUGAGUAAACUUCUCAGUAGCCACCAAUUAGGCUGAAGUGGAUCAAAUCACUCCCUUCUCCAUUCAUACUAUAGGCCAUUUAUAAUGAAUUUAGAUUAAGAAAACCCUAUUUGUUGUCAUUUACCUUUUGAAAGAAUGAGGGAAGAAGCAUAUUUUGUAUCUGCAUAGAACACCAUUUUUUCCCUGAACAUAGGGUAUGUCAAUGACAUCUUA